AUGUCUGCAAACCGAGCUGUUUCUCCACGAGAAGACGCGCAAAAGGUCUUCCAAGUACUGCGAGCUGGGGGUAUUGCAAUUCUGCCUUUGAAUGUCGGAUACGGGAUUGUUGCAGCAGACCCCAAUGCUCUCAAUCGCAUUUUCACGGUGAAGAAGCGCAGACAGCACAAGAGACAUGCUAUGAUAGGGAGCUUUACUCUCCAUCGAGAGAUACACUCUCUUCCCCAAUAUGAGGCAGAUAUGGUCAAGCUUUUGACUGUCGAUCUGGAUCUUCCCCUCGGGGUUGUUGCACCAUACCGUGCCGACCAUCCAAUGAUGAAGAGGCUCGGGCCCAAUACAUUGCUACAAAGUACCAUUGGAGACACGUUGGCAAUGCUUGUCAAUGGAGGGCAGCUACAGGAAGAACUUUCUCAGCUGGCUUUCCAGGCAGGUCUUGCUAUUUUGGGUUCGUCCGCAAAUCUGACUGGUACAGGGGCCAAGAUACUUGUGGAUGACAUUGAACCGGAAAUUAAAGCGUCAGCAGAUAUCAUUAUUGACUAUGGGCGCCAAAAAUAUAGCAAUCCCCACCCGUCAUCAACUAUGAUAGACUUUAAAAACCGGAGAUUGUUGCGGAUUGGUGCCUGUUACGAUGUGAUACAAGAUGCACUGUUGAAGUUCUUCGGCAUCGACUUGCCUGAUGAUCCAGGAAGACAUGUUUCAUUUCCGGGCCAUACAAUAGCCCCAAAGCUGCAAUGGUGA